AACAUAUGCAGACACAAACACACACACACAGUUCCAGAACCAAGAGAUGCCCACCUGCACACAAACCCUUACUUUACACAGACACAUUAUUCCUACAAUACAACACGUGAGCACACACACAUACCCACAUCUCCAGGGCUGGGCUGCCUCUCUUGUCUGACCCCCUCACUAUGUCAGCUCUUGGAGGGUCCAACUUUGCAUGUUUUGUUCACUACUGCUUCCUCAGACCUGGCACACAGUAGAUGCUCAAUAAAUGUUUACUGAAUGAAUGGGUAAAUUGAGGGAAUGUUCACAAGGGACACACAUUCACAGAAAAGCAGAAGGACACAGAUACAUACCCUCAUGAUUCAGAUGCCGGCACACGCCCUGUUCAGCAUGUGACCACACUCCUUGUUCACUCAUGGUCAACAUUUAUCCAUUGACUUACCCACAAUAUUUUCUUAGGGACACCCACACUGAUCCUACAUUCCCACCCCCCUGUUCAUUUUCCGAUUCUUACUCAACUGCACACACUUACUUGGGACACAUACAGGCACCUCUACCCGGAUACUGAACACACAUACAACCACCCAACCAAGAGAAACACAUAAGCAUAACUCACCCAACAACCACACAUAUAAAUGCUCCAAGCACAUAACCACACAACCAAGAGACACACUACUGCAUCAAAUACACACAGGCCACACAAUUGCACCCUCAUCAAACACACACACAUUCUCUGCACAUAUAGAUACAGAACUUAGACUACAAGCAUUAACAUAAGGGCAUAAAUACAGAUACAUACCCACUUGCCCUAGGCUCCUGGGGCUUUGGUCAGCUGGAGCAGGGGAUGGAAAGUGGGAAGUCCUGUCCCUGCAACAAACCACACCCCUUCUGACUGCCAUUUUUUCCUGGACUUGACCCUGAGGUGUCUCAGCAGCUCAUAGACCUCAGUUUCCAACAGGUGAGGGCCAGCCUGGGGAGGAGGGACAGGGAAGGGGAUCGUCUUAUCUCCACAGGCCCCCAGCUUCCCCUGCCCCUGGGGCUUUUGGGCCCCAGUGGCAGAACCCAAGCCCUGACACUGUUGCUUGGCCCAAAGGCCCAACCCUGGGUGGCAGUCCCUAAGCCGAUUGUGGGCUGAGAGAAGGUGACCCUGAGAGGGGCCAACGGGAAUCAAGACAAAGGGAGGAGGCUGGGCACAGAUGAAGAAGGAAUUACUGAAAGGAGGCCAGGUGUUGGCAGAGCUGGGAAGAUCCCUUUGGUUCUAAGGAAGGAGGGGAUGCCCAAGGUCUGAGAGGGUGGGAGAUUCCGCUGGGUCUGAGGGGGGUGGGGCACUAUGGUCUAAGCAGGGGAUGGGGGUGGGGGUAGCCUGGGUCUGAAGGGAUGGGUCUGAUGGGGGAGGGGCUCCUGGGUCAGAGGCAGACCCUGGUGCCCCCUGGGAUUUGAAGGGCCCUUGCCAUUGCGCAGCCUCCUAAUGACCUUUGCAACCUCUACUCUGCUGGGUACUGUCUCCUGGCUGUACAUUGGGAGGGUGCCACGCUGACCUCCCAGAAAGAGACAGCUUAAUCCCCCCACCCCAGCUGGCUCUUAUCUCAGGUGGACAUGGCCUGCAGGGGCCACACUCGAACCAGCAGCCUGGCCUGGCCCCUUCGACUGACCCUGGCAUGCACACUGCUGGGGGCCUGUGGAGGGAGCCGCCCAAUCCGAGGUAGGCCUUCGGGACACCAUGGGCUGGCAGUCAAUCUGGGCACAGGCCAGCUGCACCUGGCAGGACCUUGUUGUUCCGCAGAGAUGGACACACCAGAGGCAUCUGGCCCUGGGAUGAUCCCAGAGCACUGUGGGGCGCUGAGCCCCAGAUGUGAAUCCUUCCUGGGACACCUCCAAGGUGCCCUCCGAAGUCACUUCCACCUGCCACUCUGCGCGGAGCUCUGGGAGUGGCUCUCAGGGAAGGGCAUACAUGGGGCGGAGCCUUGGAGAGCAAGACUUCUACUACUGCUUGAGGAGCUUCUACUCAUCUUCUUCUACUCUCCAAACACCAUCUCUAGGUUCACCACCUGUGAAGGUGAUAUCAUCUGCGGCCGGACUUGGCUCUCACUCCCGGAAAGGAGGAGUUGUGAGCCUGGCUGCCGUACCUAUGGGCAGACCUUCGCGGACGGCGCAGACCUUUGCCGCUCUGUUCUGGGCCACACCUUGUCGGUGGCAGCCCCUGGGUCCCGUCACUGCCUCAACGUCUCAAUCUCUGUGCUGCCGCGUCCCAGACCCAGGCGGCUGGCCCGGGAAACCACCUCCCUGCGCCUCAGGCGCCCUCGCACCUCGCUGAUCUUGGAUGCUGCGGGCAGUGGGAGUGGCAGUGGAAGCGGCAGCGGCCCCUAG